ACGGGGCGGGGCGCUGCUUUGCAGAGUCCUAGCGCAGCGCUGGGGGCCGGGGGGUGGGGGCGGCCGAAAGGGGGGCGGUGGUCGGGCCGCGCAGGCGGAGAUGGAAUGGGGCCCGGGCUCAGACUGGUCACGGGGGGAGGCUGCCGGCGUGGACCGUGGGAAGGCGGGGCUGGGGCUCGGCGGGAGGCCACCCCCGCAGCCGCCCCGGGAUGAGCGCGCCCAGCAGCUGCUGGACGCCGUGGAGCAGCGGCAGAGGCAGCUCCUGGACACCAUCGCCGCCUGCGAGGAGAUGCUACGGCAGCUGGGCCGCCGGCGCCCGGAGCCGGCUGGUGGCGGGAAUGUCUCAGCCAAACCUGGAGCGCCCUCCCAGCCAGCUGUCUCCUCCAGAGGUGGCUUUCCAAAGGAUGCUAGCGAUGGAGCUGCGGAGCCUUGACCAUCCCCGAGCCGGGCGCCCUAUCUUCUCUCCCUCCCCGGGGCUGGUGGCUGGACUCUGAACAACUCCCUUUCAAUAAAGGGGCCAGUCUUCACUGGCAAUGGCUGGUAUUUGGCUGUCAGCCUGGGGAGGCAGCUUGCUAGCAGCUGGGUUCACUCCCACUUCAUCCUGGCUGAAGGCAGUGCUGAGCUCUGAAAUGUAGCUGACGAAUGAAUACCCAGUCUGAUUACCCAGAUUUGGGCAGACCAGCAGUGCUCGCCAGAAUUAUCUGACCUGUUCUGGGGGAUCCAGGUGGUGUUACAUGCCCAUUUCAUGCUUUGGGGGUUCCUAGCCCCACAAAACACUUUUAGCAGAGCCUUUAUUAAAAGGAAUCCUGCAGA